AUGUCUUCAAGAUUUUUUACUAUUCUACUACUUAUCAAUUAUACAUUAUCAUUUUUCUUUCAACCACAAUCAGAACCGUUUUUAUUAGUAGUUUAUGAUCCCAAUUAUGAAGAAAAUAGAGAAACAUCAUUAUCAAAUUCGGAGAUUCAAAAAAUAUAUCAAAGAGAUACUUUAAUUUUCAUCACAGAUGAUUGCGAAGUUGACAAUAAAACAACAAACUCCUUCAUAGAAGGUUCAAUAUUAAUUAAUGGAUCAUUCAGAUUAAAUAAAUUAAUGGAUGAUAGUAUGAAAUUUAUUAGAGUUGAUUCUAAAACAAACAGAUUAAAAGCAUGUCCUCGUGGUAAUUUAUCUACAAGUUUUACAAUACGUAAAGAUGAGUUGCAUUAUAAAGAUUCAAAUGUAUGGAGUAUAUGUUUUGAUGAUAGUUUAAAAAUAAGUUUUAUAUAUUUUGGUACACUAAAAAGAAACAAAAAAUAUUGUAGCUUACAAGAAGAUCAAGAAAUUAAAUUAAGAGUUAUUGGAAAAUACGAUAAUUUUGGUACUGUCCCAGAUUAUCCCUUUAUGAAAAUUCAAUAA